AAGUGCCAAUGCCUUCACAUUGUUCUUCUUGCACUUCUCUCACCACCCGUGCACGUCUCGAGCCUGGUGUCGCUUGCACUUCAUCACUCGCCUCUCUCGCAAAGUGAAGCGUGUCUAUUUAAACCACGCUUCAACCCUGUUCUACUUCUGCAGCUUUCCAGUACACCCUUUCUGCAACGACCAAAUCCAUCACAUCCUGAGAAUGAGUCCUCGGCAGCCUGACCCUGGCUCUCCGUCAGCCAGCCACGAUGCAGUCCCCGACCAGCGCACCAAGGUCGUCAAGUCGCGCACCAAGAAGUCUAGUCUCAAAUACAGAAACGGGCUGCUCAAAGCUGAGAUCUCUACGCGCUCCGAGUCGAUGCACAUUGCCCGCCGCAACGCAACAGAGUCACCCCUUCUCCGUCUCCCAGCCGAGAUCCGCAACAAGAUCUGGCAGUUCACUCUGGGCUACCACCGCAUCAUGAUCUACUACCAAUUCGCAAAUAUAUAUGGGAUAGGACGCAGGGCUAUCCAGUUGGCUCACAGCGUAUAUGCUGGAGACCCAACCACCGAAGGUUCCAUUGUGCAGCCCGGAUUCGCCCUGCCUAUUGUCUGUCGCCAGACCUACGUCGAAGCCUUUGCCAUGGUGUAUUCACUCAACACUUUCAACUUUUCUCACCGGAGCACCCUCGACCACUUCAUCCGUAACCGCGCCCUCGGCCAACGCCGUCUAGUUGCGUCCAUCGUUGUGCCGUGUGACUACUUCCGGCUCUACCGUUCGGACCGACGUAAGCGUUUCCGCCAGACGUUUCCUAACCUCAAGCAUGUUCGCGUCCUAGUUGAUUCGAAUAGGCUUGGUUGGAAUCUUUUCCUUGAACCAGACCGUGAGCAAUUCCUCAAUACGGAAAUCAAAGACUUCAUACUGAGCAAGGAGGGAGAUGGUCUUGAGGUUGACUUUGUUGUUGACUUCCACGGAAUCUCAGUCUAGUAAGACGAUACGCGUCUGCGUUGCUGAUGCCUCCUCUGAGGCGGUAUCGGCCCUUGUGCACGCAAAGGUUUGGGACGCUAGUUACAACAGGAGGUCAAGUGAUAGUAACAGGGAGCUGGCUUAUGCAUACGACUUUGUAUCUUGACUUUGCACAUGUUGAGCCGAGGAUUAGCAUCACUGUCGAGGAGAUGAAAAACUUGAUACGCUCUACAUGUCAGGCUGUAAUAUGAGCAGUCGAAAUCUGGCUGUUUCUACAUGUACAUGUACCAUGCACGUA